CCAUGCUUUACACCUAGAAAGAAAAGCAGAUAGCAGUAAAAUGGUUCCAAGACACAAUUUCUGUAGAAAGGAUGGAAGUGAUGUUUUAGUUCAGUUUAGUUGAGAGAGAGAGUUUUGCCCUCCUGAAGUUUUCUUCAGGACAAGAAGUUUUAUGGGAGAGGAGGACUGGAGAAAGAAGGUUUGGCAACCAAAGUGUGGAGUGGUUUGGCUCCUUAGCCCUUCCUAGUAGCCAAAUGUUGAAAAUUUGCAAAGGAUCUGGGUGCAAAUGCAGGCCAGGAAAGCUGUCAGGCCUGAACCUGACCUCCUGUUGCAAGGCUGAAGCCACCAUCGAUGGGUCUUUCUCUUGCAAACAUAAAAAUGAUUUGGGGGGACAUAGCUUUUUUGCAUCUGCAAACCCCAGCAAUGGGGCAGGCUUCCCUGGGUCUGGAUUGGGGUUUGGUUUGGGGGCAUUUGCAGACAGACCCCUUGUUUUGCACAGAUGCAGAGAGAGAGAGAAAGAAUGACGACAACGACACCCGUCUUUAAGGCACAUCUCUUUCCCCCAAACCCCGCAGUUUCCAUUUUGCGUCUCAAAUGGGCAUGAAGGAAUUAAACUGCGCCAGCGAAUAACAGCAUUAGUUUCAAUUAAUUUUAUUUUUCCCUCUCUCUCUAAAUCCCGGCGACAAUAAAAGUUUAGAAAAACAAAGGCGUAUUUUUACGUCCUUUAAUGAGCCUGGCUUCCCAUCUGUGGGCUUUUUCAAAGUGUCUGUGUGCCUUGAUUUAAACUUUGUGUGUCUUCCUUGCCAUUGGAGCGGGUUUUCUUCUUCUUCCCCUCUUGCUUUUUAUCUUCCCUCCUUUAAUGCUCUUUUCUGCUGCUUUCCUGCAACCCUUUUGCUCCUUUCUCCUUUACCUGGUUUGCCUCCACAGUCUCCUUAAGGAGGAAGGAAGAGCGAUGUCCCGGCUGUCUUUAACACGCUCCCCGGUUUCUCCCCUUGCUGCUCAAGGAAUCCCUCUCCCGGCUCAGCUCACCAAAUCCAACGCUCCUGUGCACAUCGAUGUAGGAGGACACAUGUACACUAGCAGCCUGGCCACCUUGACAAAGUACCCCGACUCCAGAAUAAGCCGUCUGUUUAAUGGCACGGAGCCUAUUGUCUUGGACAGUUUAAAACAGCAUUAUUUCAUUGAUCGGGACGGCGAAAUUUUCAGAUACAUCUUAAGCUUCUUGAGGACAUCGAAACUGCUGCUCCCGGAAGAUUUUAAGGACUUCAACCUUUUGUAUGAAGAGGCCAAGUACUACCAGCUGCAGCCGAUGAUCAAGGAGCUGGAGCGAUGGAAACAAGAGCGGGAGCAGAAGAAGCAUUUCCAGCCCUGCGACUGCUUGGUUGUAAGGGUGACUCCGGAUCUCGGGGAAAGGAUUGCGUUGAGCGGGGAGAAAGCGCUCAUCGAGGAGAUCUUCCCAGAGACAGGGGACGUCAUGUGCAACUCGGUAAACGCUGGCUGGAACCAGGACCCAACCCACGUCAUUAGGUUUCCCUUGAACGGAUACUGCCGGUUGAAUUCGGUCCAGGUUCUCGAGCGGUUGUUCCAGAAGGGCUUCAAUGUGGCGGCAUCCUGUGGAGGCGGCGUGGAUUCCUCUCAGUUCAGCGAAUACGUCUUAUGUCGCGAGGACAGGCGGCCGCAGCCCAACACCACAAUCAGAAUAAAACAAGAACCCCUGGACUAGAAAAGGACUCACUCCUUUCCCCUCCUUUGUGAACGUAGAAAGUGUUGAAUAGUUCCCUCGCGCGGAAACACGAAGGAGUUUGCGAAACAGUAUUAAUGCGGGCGGCUUUGGCGCCACCCGCGAGCGCCUACGUCCGAAAGGACAUGCCGAAACGCCAGUCGCGGACUCCUCUUAGUGAGACUGUGACAGAAACAAAAGAAACAAUGUACAACUGAAUGGGUUUUCUUGGACAGACGUUCGGCGUCCUUUGACAUUUUUUGGAGAUGCGCUCCCGACGCAGUGGCUUGGCGCACGGAAAACCGACAGAGCUUCGGCAAAGGACUUUGAUGGACCUUUGGACUUUGUUGGGAAAGACCGGUUUGUGUAAUGGGAAGAUACCCAUUUGAAGGAACGUGUCGGCCACCUUUUCCAAGGGACUGGCUCCUCUUCUUCUUCCUCCCCAUUUCUCGGUGGCAUCAAGGACACAGGAGUUGCCAAAAGGAUUGUGCUGAGUGUCUUCCCCUUCCCCUUGGGUUGAAUUUUGUCUCCAACACAUCCCCAAAUUUUCAAACACGCUUUCACAUCUCCAUCGUCCACGGUUUCUUCGCCCAUUGUAUCAAAUGGCUUAUUUUUCUACCAACGCGUCCGGUUCCCGGUGUACAGGUGCCGCCUCAAAACAGGGACCAAUCCAUGUUCUUCUGGUGCUGAAGUCUUUUUUUUUGUUCUUGAACCCCAUACAAAUCCCCCUUUGAGAUAAGCGCUGGGGCGGGGGAUUGGUAACGUUUGGCGUGUCGCUCCCGCGAAUGACAAAAAAUAUUGGAAAACAUUUGCAGAAAUUUUUUGGAAAUGGAGAGUCAUGAGAAAGUUCUGAAACAUGGUCGCUCAACAUUAAAACAGGCCCCGUAACGGAGCCCAAGAUUA